UCAGCCAGAAUGGCCAACCCGGACCCCAUCCCCCCAGACCAAAAAGCCCGCACAAUGGCCCACAUGAACAAGGACCACCGCGAGGACAUGCGCUUCAUCCUGCUUCACUACCCUUGCGUACCACCCCUCCCGGCAGCAUAUCGCCAGUCCUUCCUCACCGGCCACCCUCCCUCCUCUGGGGAGGACAACGACCCUAUCAUGACCGACAUCAACCUCGCCUCCUUCACCGUCCGCCUCCCCGGCACUAUUGGGCAGCAGCACAACUCCUAUUCCAUCCCCUUCAACCCACCACUAUCAAGCUGGGCGGAGCGGCGCACCCGUCUCGUUGAAAUGACGCAGCGCGCCCGGGCUGCCGUUGAAUCAUCAUCAUCAUCAUCAUCAUCCGGUUCUGGUGUGGUGGUGGUGGUGGUAAACGAGUACAUGCCCCCUCGCUUUCCCUACGACGCGCUCAUCUUUGGGCUGGUGCUGCAGUACUUUGCGUUUGCGGGGUUGGUGUUUGCAGGGUGGUUCAACCCCGGCACGGUGUUGGGGCAGGUUCUUGACAAGAGUCCCUUUCCUUACGGCCGGGCUGGGUUUGUGUGGCUCGUUCGGGCGAUUUUUUUACCGGUGUUGGGUAUUCAUGUUGCUGAGGCCUGGUGGCUGGAGCGUAGUCGGUUGAGUAACUUUGGGGUUAGGAGGGGGUCGCGCGUCUGGUGGGUGUGGAUGGGGAGUGUGUUUGUCGAGGGGGCGAUGGCGUUCAAGAGGUUUGAUUUGGUGGUUGAGAGG